AUGGGGGCCAAUGGAUCCAAGGAAGAUCACUGGCAGAGGGACUCCGAGGCUCCCUCGUGUCAUGGGUGUGCUGUCACCUUCUCGCUUAGUACACGACGUCAUCACUGUCGCAAUUGCGGGUAUGUGUUCUGUAGGAACUGCUCGAACUGUACUCGUACCAUUCCAAUGCGCGGAGUCCAUUUGCCCGUACGGGUGUGCACCGAUUGCUUCCGCACAUUAUGCAACGACGGUAACGGCGUUUUUGUCGCUGGGGGCUUGGGUCGGGGUGGUGAGUCUAUGCACCCCGGCAUGGGCGACGGCAGGGAAGCAAGUUUCCUGGAGCAAGGCUCACAGCUGAACACGAGCACAACGUGGAAUGGGGAGGCUGCUUACGAAGACAGCUAUUUUGUGGGGGCUGGGGGUGGGGCCCCGAAGAACGCCGAUGGAGGUUUGAGGGAGUUUGAUGCCUACUACGGAAGCCACCCGCGAGCUGCGGAGCACCUAACACACACCCACGUAGAGGACGAUAAACUGAACUCCCAGGUGGAGAAGGAGCGCCUUGUAAGUCGCUGGGAGGAGGUUCGCCAGCAUGCUCUAUUCACUGAUAUCUUGCUACAGCAGGUGGAGAUCGUGGAGGAAAACACCGAGGUGGACUAUUUUCGGGAAGUCGGCGACAUCAAGGUCCAACCCGAGCAUCCUGAUCUCCUUGCAGUCAUGUUCCCAUUUCCAGAGGCCGAGGAGGGGAACGCCAAUUUGUUGAUGGAGCCUGUUGAUCCACGUAUACCAGAACUGCCGGGGGCAUGCGAGGGCGUCAAGCAGGAUUUAGGGCAACUGACAACGAUGCUUUUCAUACCUCCCGCGAAGUCGAUACAAAGAAGCGACUCAAGGCUGCUGCGGCAGUGCUAA